GCUGGUGGGAAGGCGGGAAAGGACAGCGGGAAGGCCAAGGCCAAGGCAGUGUCGCGCUCGCAGAGAGCCGGGCUGCAGUUCCCCGUGGGCCGGAUCCACAGACACUUGAAGACUCGCACCCCCAGCCACGGGCGAGUGGGAGCCACGGCGGGCGGCUGA